AUUUUGUCAUACACGAUGUCGUCUUCAGCACAGAUCCUUCCAGUCGGCGCUGGCUAUGGUGUCGUGAUUGGUGCUGGGUUCUUCUUUGCNUUUCGNUACGCUGCUGGCGCCACAAUACAGAUCCUUAUGUUCUCCAUCCUUGCUUGCAAAGUCAAGAUGAAUGCCCCUCGCGCCCACACCUAUCUUGAGAUCGUUCAGGCUCGCUAUGGACGUACGGCACACAUCACUUUCCUCUUCUUCGCUUUCGUUACCAACAUCCUGGUCGGCUCGCAAUUGUUACUCGGUGGUUCAGCUGUUGUGACCAGUCUAACUGGCAUGAACGUCUAUGCAGCUAUCUUCCUCAUUCCGGUUGGCGUUUGUGCCUACGUGGUCCUCGGCGGGCUGCGAGCGACCUUCCUCUGCGACUACAGUCAUACAUUGAUCCUCAUGAUCAUCAUACUGUACUUUAUGUUCAACGCCUACGCGACCAACGACCUCAUUGGAUCUCCUGGAGAAAUGUACGAACUACUCAAGAAGGCAGCGGUGCAGAGGCCUGUAAAGGGCAACGUUCAGGGCUCUUAUAUGACACUCAAGUCGAACUACGCCUUGAUCUUUGGUGUUAUCCAGCUCUGCUCUGGUAGCGGCACCGUUUUCCUUGACCAGGCUUAUUGGCAGCGUGCUAUUGCUUCUCGGCCCACCACUGCCGUCAAGGCAUACAUCUUGGGUGGNUUUGCGAUUCCUUUCGGAUUCUCCACUACACUGGGUCUUGCCGCCGUGGCCCUGACCGACAANCCCCGUUUCCCUACCUACCCAGGCGUUCCGUCCGACAGUGACAUUUCUGCCGGGCUCGCGGCAGCUUUCUCAGCUCAAGCAUUGCUAGGCAAAGGUGGCGCUGUGGCUCUCCUCAUUGUCCUCUUCAUGGCAGUUACAUCGUGUGCUUCCGCCGAGCUAAUCGCCGUCUCUUCGCUGUUGACCUUCGAUGUUUACCAACGCUACAUCCGUCCAACCGCUUCUUCUGCUUCUCUGAUCUUCGUCUCUCACGCCAUGAUCUGUGUGUUUGGUCUGACCAUGGCUGUAUUUGCCUGCAUCUGGAACGCCAUUGGAAUUGAUCUCGGCUGGCUGUUCCUGGUGAUGGGACUUCUGAUAGGUGGCGCAGUCUUCCCUGCCGCCUUUACGAUAACCUGGCGUGGUCAGUCUGCCACAGGAGCAAUCACCGGUGCCAUCGGUGGCUUGAUCAUUGGUAUCGCGGCCUGGCUCGCGGUUGCUAAAGUAUACUUUGGUGAGCUCACCAUUGCCUCAACAGGCACGGAGUAUGCUACUUUAGCAGGCAAUCUUGCGGCUAUCAUGUCUGGUCUCAUUCUCACUGUUGUGGUAUCUCUGGUCAAACCGCAAAACUUUGACUGGGCGAUUACUCGAGGUAUCAAUGCCGAGAGCGCAAUGAUAGUCGAAUCACAACUCCAAGAAGAGCAGGUGCAAGAAGGAAAACUCGACACAGCAACUGCAACAACCAACCCCACCGACGACGAAAAGACACCAGCAACACCCGAAAAAGACACCUCUCCUACCCCCUCAAUCUCCUCACCCUUACCUCAGUCACCUCACCCAAACACCACAAUCACAACCCAAGAAGACGCCGAACGCGCCGCCGACCGCCUCACUGAAGAAUCUCCCAACUCGCUGCGAGGAGCCUUUAAACUUGCGUGCAUUUCUGCCUUUGUCUUGACCUUCAUCAUGGACUUUUUGCUUCCUAUGCCCAUGUUUUUUAGCCAUUAUGUGUUUUCCAAAGGCUUCUUUACGGCUUGGAUUGUCAUUAGCUUUUUGUGGGUGUUUGCCAGUACGGCGAUCUCGGUCGUGUUGCCUGUUGUGGAGACGGCUGGGUUUUUGAAGAAGUUUGCUGGGGAUGUGUUUGGGGGAAGAAGGGGAAGGUGUAAGUUGAUGAUGGGGAUAUGA